GCACGCAAGCUCUUAAUUGAGCUGCUAUCAUAUCAAUUCGCAUUCCCAGUGAGAUGGAUUGAGACUCAAGAUGAAUUCUCUCAGCGAUCGGAGAACAUCCAGAGAUAUGUGGAAGUCGGACCUGCAAAGAUCCUCUCCACGAUGGCCAAGAAGACGGUGACUGCACACUCGUCACAAGCGCCAUCUCGCUCAUCACAAUUCCAAUUCUUGUCGUCCAGUGAUAACAAGGAGGAUAUUUACUACCAGUACCCAGAAGAAGAGGAGCCUGUGGCUCCGGCGGAGAGCACACCCGCUCCAUCUGCGCCUAUCGUUGAGGCCGUAGCGAGCGUGCAAGCAGCUGCGGUUGUUGCAACUGCUUCAGCAUCGGUUUCUGCUCCGGCUGCUGCUCCGGCUGCUGCUCCGGCUGCUGCUGCGCCAGAAAUUCCAUUGUCUGCGUCACAUGUAGUUUUGGCGCUCACUGCUCAGAAGCUCAAAAAGGCCUUUGAUGUUGUUUCAACACAGAAGACGAUCCGAGAACUUUCAGGAGGAAAAUCCACGCUUCAAAACGAACUGAUUGGUGAUCUCGGAGCCGAAUUCGACAAUCUACCAGAUGGAUCCGAGGACCUCACUCUGGAAGCACUCGGCGAAGCUCUUCAGGGCAACUUUUCUGGGAAGCCAGGCAAGCAAUUAGCAGCCCUGAUGUCCAAAUUCACAUCCAGCAAAAUGCCAGCAGGAUUCAACCAAGGUGCUAUCCAAGACCAUCUUGGCGCGCAUUGGGGUCUUAGCAAAGACCAUUCCAUCAUCCCGAUCGCUUUCGCUAUCACAGCUGAGCCUGCAGCUCGUCUCGCAAACGCCGACGCUGCGAAAGAAUUCUUGAAUAGUCUUAUUCCACGAUAUGCUUCUUUCGCGGGCAUUACGCUCACGCCUGGUGGAUCUGGUGGUGGUGCGAGCGCGUCUGCAACGGCAAUGGUGGAUUCUGCUAGCUUAGAUGCACUGAAGAAGGAACAGAGAGAUUACCACAUGAAGCAAUUCGACUUGCUUGCCAAGCAUCUUGGCAUCGAUGAUCUUCAAGGAGGCGAUAAGCUUGAGGCUGCUCAACAAGCUGAGAAGGAACUGGAGAAGACACUUAGUCAGUGGAACUCUGAGUUUGACGAGCAGUUCUUUGCUGGUAUCCAGUCGGCGUUCGAUAUUCGCAAAGGCCGAACUUACGACUCUUCUUGGAAUUGGGUUAGGGAGGAAUUGAUUCGCUUGUUCAACGAUAUUGCAGCUGGAAAGGUCGAGGCUAACAUCCUCGGCGCUGAUGACCGUCUUCUGAACGUUCUCAACAAAUGGGAACCAAGCUGUUCUAGCAUGGUCGACUACCUCACAUCCGAACUUGCCGACCCACAAAUGCAAGCUUUCGGACGAGAAAUCUCUCGUCUCGGAUCUCGUACUCUGGGAGAAGAUCCUACUUUCAGAUACACCUUACAGUCAUUAUCACCAAAGACGACCAUCACUCCCGGUGGAACAAUCGAGUAUUCGGAAAUCCCACGAAAGAUCAACAACUAUAGUCGAUUGGUCAAGCACGGCCGAAAGAAUGCUGCAGGCGAACUCAUUCCCUUUGUUCACAUCCGCAAGCGAGAAGGUGCUCAAGCAUGGAAAUACGACGCUGCAUCCUCUUCCCUCCUCCUCCGAACACUCGAAGCAGGAACAGGACUUGGCCUUACCUUCGCCGGCAAGACCGUGCUUGUCACAGGAGCAGGUAAGGGCUCUAUUGGAGCUGAAGUUGUCAAGGGUCUUCUGUCGGGAGGUGCCAGAGUGACCGUCACGACUAGCCGAGCAGUUUCCAGCACCGCAAAGUUCUUCCAGCACAUGUACCGCAAGUAUGGAGCUCGCGAGGCAUCCCUAACUGUUCUUCCUUUCAAUCAGAGCAGUAAGAAGGAUUGCGAGGCUUUGAUUGCGCAUAUCUAUGGUCCUAACUCACCAACUGGUGGAGAUCUCGACUAUAUUCUUCCUUUCGCCGCGAUUCCCGAAGCUGGCGAGCUUGACAGUCUUGAUGGGAAAUCGGAGCUUGCGCAUAGAGCUAUGCUUACCAACGUCCUGAGACUUCUGGGCGCUGUUCGCAAAGAGAAGGAUGAGCGUGGAAUCGAUACCCGGCCAACGAACGUCAUUCUUCCCCUCUCGCCAAAUCACGGUACUUUUGGUGGAGAUGGACUUUAUGCUGAGUCGAAACUUGGUCUCGAGACCCUGUUCAACAGAUUCUAUUCCGAGAGCUGGUCGACAUAUAUCACCAUCUGUGGAGCAGUGAUCGGAUGGACGAGAGGAACUGGCUUGAUGAGCGGGAACAACAUCGUCGCCGAAGCAGUCGAGAAGCAGGGCGUUAUCACUUUCUCUCAACCGGAGAUGGCAUUCAAUAUCCUUGCCCUCAUGACUCCUUCCAUUUCAUCCAUCUGCGAAGAUGAUCCAGUAUACGCAGAUCUUACUGGCUGUCUUGAUUUCGUCACUGAUCUCAAGCAAGAGAUCUCUACUGCUAGGACGGCGAUCUCGGAUGAGAGCCGAUUGCGAAAAGCUCUAGUUGAGGAGAAUUCUCGCCAGCAGACUGUCCUUGCUGGGCCCAGUACUCAGGUUGCAAAGACUGAUAUCGCUAGCACGAAAGUUCGACGAGCGAACCUGGGCAUGAACUUCCCAAAUCUAGGGAGCUACGAAGACCUUACUGGAAACCUUCAAUCCCUGGAAGGUAUGGUAGACUUGUCACGCACAGUUGUCGUGGUUGGGUUCUCUGAUCUUAGUCCAUGGGGAAGCACCAGGACUCGCUGGGAAAUGGAACACAUGGGCGAAUUCUCAAUCGAAGGCUACGUCGAAAUGGCCUGGAUCAUGGGCUUGGUGAAGCACUUCGAGGGCGAUAUCAAAGGCAAAUCCUACGUUGGUUGGAUCGACGCUAAGACUAGCGAACCUGUCAGAGAUGAUGAGUUCAAGGCUAAGUACUCGGAGUAUAUCAUGGCUCAUACUGGUUUACGAUUCAUCGAGCCUGAGGGACUUGGUGGAUACGAUCCUAAGCGCAAGGAGUUCUUGCACGAAGUGGCUGUAGAGGAAGAUCUUCCCCCUUUCGAAUCUUCAAAGGCCACAGCAGAGGCGUUCAAACUCCGCCACGGUGACAAAGUCAACAUUUCUCCCAUUGCUGGCUCCGAGGAUUAUAUCGUCCGUGUUAAGCGCGGUGCUCAUUUCUUGGUGCCAAAAGCUACAUCUUUCGAUCGUCAAGUAGCAGGUCAACUACCCACAGGCUGGGAUCCUGUCCGCUAUGGUAUCCCAGAAGACAUCGUCCAACAAGUCGACCCAAUAACACUCUACGCCUUAUGCUGCGUCUCGGAAGCUCUCUUGUCAGCAGGUAUCAAGGAUCCCUAUGAGUUCUACAAACACAUCCACGUCUCCGAAUUAGCCAUCUGUCUCGGCACCGGAGCAGGUUCCCUUCUAGCCAUGCGAGGCGUCUACCGAGACCGUUAUCUCGAUCGCCCUGUUCAAUCAGACAUCCUACAAGAAUCCUUCUUGAACACCAUGGGGGCCUGGAUCAAUAUGCUGCUCCUCUCCUCUACGGGAACAAUCAAAUCUCCAGUGGGUGCCUGCGCUACAGCCAUCGAGUCCCUCGACAUCGGUUGCGAGGCUAUCAAGUCUGGAAACUCAAAGAUAGCAUUUGUUGGCGGCUGUGAUGAUUUCCAGGAAGAGAUGUCCUACGAGUUCGCUAAAAUGAAAGCAACAGCCAGCUCAGCAGACGAACUCGACAAGGGACGUCUCCCAUCCGAGAUGUCUCGCCCCUCAGUCACUUCUCGCAGCGGUUUCGUCGAGUCCGCAGGUUGUGGAGCCCAAAUCAUCAUGAGCGCUGAAAUUGCUCUCGAGAUGGGUCUCCCGAUCUACGGCAUCGUGGCUUAUACUCAAAUGGCGUCUGACAAAAUUGGACGAUCGGUCCCAGCUCCAGGUCAGGGAAUAUUGACUGCCGCUAAGGAAGCAGAAUCUGCGUUUGACUCCGACCUCCUUGAUCUCGAGUUCCGCCGCCGUCAUUUGAAGGAAUCAGUUGCUCAGAUCAAGAAGUCCCACCAAGCACGCCUAGCUCGCCUACAAGCCAAGACCGGCAGCAACUUUUCGGAGAAGAUGUUACACGAGAUCGAGUCAGCUACCGCCUGUAAACUCAAGCUCGCGCAGCAAAUGUGGGGUAAUGAUAUCCGUCUCCAAGAUCCUACAAUUGGACCUCUAAAAGCAAGUUUGGCGACCUGGGGAUUGACGAUCAACGAUAUCCAAGUCUGUUCCAUGCACGGAACCUCCACAAAAGCGAACGACACCAACGAAGCCGACGUGAUCAACAAACAAAUGACCCACCUGGGCCGCUCAAAAGGCAACCCUCUCCUGGCCGUCUGCCAAAAGUCCCUCACAGGCCAUCCAAAGGGAGCUGCAGGUGCGUGGCAGUUCAAUGGUUGUAUGCAGAUGCUUGCCACGGGUAUAGUUCCCGGAAACUGGAACGCGGAUAACAUCGAUGAUCACUUGAGGGAGUUUGAACAUAUCGUUUACCCGAGAGAUGCCAUACAGAUGAUGGAGGUGCGAGCUACAAUGUUGACGAGCUUUGGGUUCGGGCAGAAGGGUGGCAUUACGGUUUCUAUCGCGCCGAAAUAUCUGUAUACUGUCAUCACUGAAGAUGUAUAUGAGGAGUAUAGAGCAAAGGUCACAAAGAGACAACGCAAAGCCAACACAGCCUUCGUCAAAGCCCUAAUGACCAACACCCUCUUCAAAGCCAAAGACUACUCACCAUGGGAAUCCGGCGACGCAGCCCUGACAAAAGCACUCCUCGACCCCACCGCCCGCGCCUCAAACGCAAACAUCCUCAACGAAUUCAAGAUCAACGAUCCCUCCGUCCCUCCCGCACAGCCAGUCCGCCCAGUCUCCCGCCUGAGUCGUUCCAGCUCAAGCAGUUCGAUCCACCGCUCCCUGAUGGAUAUCUCCGAAACAGGCCUCCUGUCCGGGAUGGUGCAGAACAUGCUCGAGUCCUCCCUCUCCCCGCCCUCUGCUCCCCACCCAUCUCUGUCUACAUCCGUCGGCGUAGACGUCGAAACCAUCAGCUCGAUCCCAAUCGACAACCCCGUCUUCCUCGAACGGAACUUCACAGACGCAGAAAGAGAGUACUGCGAAUCGGCAGUGAACCCACAAGCGAGUUACGCCGGCCGAUGGAGCGCUAAGGAGGCCGUGUUCAAGAGUUUGCAGGUUCCCGGACAAGGACCCGGUGCGAGUAUGAGGGAGAUCGAGAUUUUGAGCGAGGGGGGUGUCCCGAGGGUCGUGUUCCAUGGGAAGGCGAAGGAGACGGCGGAUAGGGAGGGGGUUACGAGUGUGCAGAUUAGUAUUACGCAUAGUGGGGAGACGGUUACUGCUGUUGCGUUGGCGGCGAAGUUUUAGUAGCAUUGGGAGAGCGGUGGUGGGUUUCUUUUGUGUUGUGUUCAUGUUUAUGAGGAGUCAUAUAGGGCGUUCGGGUUAAGUGUGCAUAGCUUUUUGUUUUGUGUUUUGUUAUGUUGGGUUUCCUUUUUGUUCGAUGUAUAGCAUGCAGACUGGAAUUAGGUAGAAUGAUAUAUAAAAGAUUACAUUCCAUC